GCGGCUGUGAAGGGGCGUGACGUCACUUCCGCCAGGGAUGCGCUAUAUAAAGGAGAGAUGCUGCGGCGCUCAGUAGGUUCCUCGGGCAAGAGCGAAGGAGAGAAGGAGCAAAGGAUUCCAGCCGGCAGCAGUGACAAUGUUCUCCCUGGGAGUCAUCUCCAUAGCCCUGUGCGCGCUGCAAGUAAUAUCAUUUCCAUUACCAGAGCCAGCCAAUAACAAAGAUACAAAGGUGAUGAAAUGUAUUGUAGAGGUUAUUUCACAUUCACUCUCCAAACCUAGCACCGUCCCCAUCAGUCAGGAGUGCCUGGAGACUCUUAAAGGAGAUGACAGGAUCAUUUCCAUUCUCCGGCACCAGAACCUCUUGAAAGAACUCCAGGAACUUGCAUCUGAAGGAGCAAGCAAGAGGGAGCAGAAGAAAAAAAAGAAUGGUGGUUAUGAAGAUGAACUUUCUGAAGUCCUUGAGAGGGCGAAUAACAAACCUGUGCAUUCCGACAAAUCUGACGAGGUCUCUGCUGAGGAUCAGAAGUCUCCAAGACCUGACCAGUCAGCAGAGAGCGAGGAGAGCAAGAGAGAAGUAGAAGAUAAGGAGGAGAGGAGGGCUGGGUCACAGCAGGAAGAGAACAGUCCAGAAGAUGAUGGUGCUGAAGAGCUGGAGAGCAAUGAGAUCAGCAAGAGGGAAGGGUCCCCUGGUGAUGAAGAAAUAGACAACCAUAUCACAGAUGAAAUCAAUGAUCAGGAAAUUUCUACAGAGAAGCACGAAGACACACGUGAGGCUCACAGCUCUGAGGAGGGAACGGCCAAGUCCAGACUGAGUGAGAAAGAUGGAGAGGAAAUGGCAUCAGAUGAGAAAAGAGACUUUGAGAAAGAAACCCCAAAGGAAGAUACAAAUGAAACAGACGAAGAAGAGGAUGAGACCCAGAGAGAAGACAACUCUAUGAAGCCUAGUGAAGAUCAGGAUGUUGACAGAGAAGAUGCCACUAGAGAAAGGGAAAGCAGUAAGGAAGGUGGGAAUCCAGAUGAUGAAACCAUGCAAGGAGGUGGGAGUUCACACCAAAGAGCAUCCAAGAGUGAAGAAGAAACGUCUUCUAAGGAAAUGGAAGACUCCAAACGAUGGAACAAAAUGGAUGAACUUGCCAAGCAGUUAACAGCAAAGAAAUGGGCAGAAGAAAACACUAGUGAAGAUGAUCCUGAUCAGUCAAUGAAGAUCCCACCCAUGGAAAUGAAAUAUAAUCUUGGGGGACCAGAGCCUGAAGACAGACAGUCUUGGCAGCAGUCAGGAGAAGAAAGUAGUGAAAGUGAAUUUAACAUUGCAAAAAGGCCAGAGUUAGAAGGAAGAAAGGAUGAAGAAAGUUCUACCAGGAACUCAGAGAUGCUUAGUGGUAAUGACAGAGAUACUCUAUCAACUAACAUCAUUUCAUCAGGACAAAGAUCUGGAUAGCAUUGCAGCCAUUGAAGCAGAGCUGGAGAAGGUUGCGCACAAGCUCCAUGAAUUGCGAAGAUUCUAAAUUCUGUCCACCAAAUGUGUCACACAGAAUAUGUACUAUUGCACCUUCUAUCUUUCUUUCCUACGCUAAAUCCUUUGUGCUAGAGAGGCUGAAGAGCAAGCUUCCCAGGCUGUUUGGGAGUUUAUCCUUCUCUCAAGCAAAUCUGCCCUUUAGCAAGGCCACACUUCAUGUCUUUACAUUGUGCCCUACAGACUUUCUGUCCAUUUUCACCAAUAUCAUGAUUAAUGGAUGUAGUGUUAGUCACAUUCUUGGGCAAUGGGAUCUCAACCAUUUCCUUUUUUUUUUUUAACAAAAAAUGGUGUGUUUUAUUUUGGAAUUGAGAUGCUUUUUAGAAUAUGUUUCCUUUUGUUAGAAUAACAUAAUGCAAUAACUUAUCUUUUGACUAUAUUGGGGUUAAGGGAUACGUAUAUUCUAUUCAAUCAACCAAUUUAAAACAGGGAAAUAAAAUGCAGGAUUUUUCCUUG